UUUUUGUUCUUACCAGAUAAUACAUAUUAUUUUUAUCCAAAAAAAUGAAUUUUUAGAUUCUAUAAAAAAGCAAAGGUUGUGUCUUUGGCACAUCACAUCCCAUAGCAUUAACAUAGCUCUCCUUCUCUCUUACUCCAUUACCCUCUUUGGUGCUCUGUUUCUUAACUUAAAUAUGGAAGGAGCUGUUGAAAUCAUGUUGGGAAAUGGAUUACCAGAGAUUCACAAAGACACGACCAAGACUGUCCACUCCAACCAGCAGGACUGGUACGAAAAAACCAUCGAUGAUGAUCUCAAGUGGUCUUUUGCCCUUAACAGUGUUCUCCAUCAAGGAACUAGUAAGUACCAAGACAUUGCUCUGUUGGACACCAAAUGGUUUGGAAAGGUAUUUGUGAUUGAUGGGAAAAUGCAAAGUGCAGAGAGAGAUGAAUUUAUCUACCAUGAAUGUUUGAUCCACCCGGCCCUCCUUUUCCACCCAAACCAGAAAACGGUGUUUAUAAUGGGAGGUGGAGAAGGCUCUGCUGCAAGAGAAAUACUAAAACAUAAGACCAUCGAGAAAGUGGUCAUGUGUGAUAUUGAUCAGGAAGUUGUUGACUUUUGCAAGAAAUUUCUAACCGUUAACAACAAAGCUUUUUGUAACAAGAAGCUUGAACUUGUGAUCAAAGAUGCAAAAGCUGAAUUAGAGAAACGAGAAGAGAAGUUUGAUGUAAUAGUGGGAGAUUUAGCAGAUCCAGUGGAAGGUGGACCAUGUUAUCAGCUCUACACCAAAUCUUUUUAUCAAUACAUCCUCAAACCAAAGCUCAGCCCCAUUGGAAUAUUUGUGACUCAGACCAGCAGGGAUACACACAAGGAGGUCUUCACUUCAAUUUACAACACCUUGAAGCAAGUCUUCAAAUACGUGAAGGCUUACACAGCACACGUACCAUCAUUUGCUGACACGUGGGGAUGGGUAAUGGCAUCAGACCAAGACUUUGAGUCUGAAGUUAAGGAAAUGGAUCGAAGAAUCCAAGAGAGAGUGAAAGGAGAAUUGAUGUAUUUGGAUUCUCCUUCUUUCUUCUCUGCUGCUACCCUCAACAAGACCGUCUCUCUUGCACUAGAGAAGGAGACAGAAGUUUAUAGUGAAAAGAAUGCGAGAUAUAUUCAUGGCCAGGGUGUGCCGUACCGCGCAUACUUGAAAAAAGAACCCGAUUUAUUUUAGAUUAAAAACCAGUUUUCUUUUCUCCGCAUAUAAUCAAAUGUUGUCCUAAUUAAGUUUGGUUGGGUUUUAUUCAAUACAUUUCUUGCGCCUUUGCUCCGUCGCCCUAAAGCUAUCCAGUG